AGGAAGCAGCAUCAUAACUGUAGGGGCAGGCAUGUGCUUUCUUAGUCCGUGAAAUCUGACCAUUCGCUGAUCUGUUCGCCAAUUAUUGGUCCAUUUUCCCACCCCCCUCUGCAACUUGGCAACCAUGGCUUCAAAAUUAUCCAUCCAUGGCUCUCACCAAAGAAAAAGGGGAAAAAAAUCACUCCCCAUGAUGAUGGUGUUGGCUCAAAUCUUAGAUUUCAGCUUGAUUUGGUGAUCGGCUGCUCCAUUUUGGGUAACUUUGAUGAACAAAAACAGAAAAGUCAAAACCCAGAAAUCUAGCAGCCAGAACUGAUCCACACCCAAGUUUGGAAAUCAGGUCAGCCGUUCACAAGAGUCGAGUUCUUGCGCUGUGGAGCAAAUCAUCACUGAGAAUCCUCUUCCACUCCACAGAUUUUUGUUACUUUUUCUCUAGGCUGCUCUCUGGUUUCAGCAUACUGGGAACUUUCUCUUCGCGUUUUUCGUCUUCCCGAAUCCAAAGUAACCUACAGGAUCUGAGCCUCAUCUGCUUCCCCUGACCGAACCUCCGUCUUCGGUUGCUUCUAUCUCAGAUAGAAUAGAAUCCCAAUUCCAAAAAUCUGUUCUGGAAACUUAAUCUUCUCUUAGAUCUAGGAAGUAAAAUAUUGUAUAGAUAGUAACCUAGAUUGUAGAGCACUAGGGUGGAGUUGGGUAAAGUUGGUUUUUUUCUUCUUCUUCUUUCGGUGGCUGGUUGCUUGGCGUACUUCAUCGAGGCCAGAUGACUGUGGAUGAAGCAGGAAAUAACUCCUUGUGGAGUCUAGAACAGGAUAAGGCAUUUGAGAAUGCACUUGCUAGUCAUCCCGAGGAUGAUACCGAUCGGUGGGAGAAAAUUGCAGCCGAUGUACCAGGGAAAACCGUAGAAGAGAUUAAACACCACUAUGAGCUUUUAGUCGAGGAUGUUAAUCUAAUCGAAUCUGGUUGUGUCCCUCUUCCUUCCUAUAGUUCUUCUUCAGAUGGUUCAGCCAGCCUUGCUGGUGAUGAAGGAACAACCAAGAAGAAUGGCCAUUUCGGGCACUGUAAUGGCGACUCGAAUCAUGGAAGUAAGGCUUCAAGGUCAGAUCAGGAGCGUCGUAAGGGAAUUGCUUGGACAGAGGAUGAACACAGAUUGUUUUUGCUCGGUCUCGAUAAAUAUGGGAAAGGAGAUUGGCGGAGUAUAUCCCGAAACUUUGUAGUGACGAGAACACCAACACAAGUAGCAAGCCAUGCACAAAAAUACUUCAUCCGUUUGAACUCAAUGAACAAAGAAAGGAGGCGGUCCAGCAUCCACGAUAUCACCAGCGUUACAAACGGCGAUAUCUCGGCCGCUCAAGGGCCGAUCACCGGUCAAGCAAACGGCCCUGCAGCAGCUCCCUCUGGAAAACCAACUAAACAGCCUCCUCAACCUGCUGCUGGUCCUCCUGGUGUGGGAAUGUACGGUGGUCCAACCAUGGGGCAGCCAGUGGGCGGACCGCUCGUCUCAGCCGUUGGCACCCCAGUCAACAUCCCUACUCCAGCUCACAUGGCGUACGGCGUCCGAGGCCCGGUGCCCGGCGCGGUGGUCCCCGGUGCACCCGUAAACAUGGGUCCAAUGGCAUAUCCAAUGCCGCACACAUCUGCUCAUAGGUAAAAUUAUAUCAACAUGGUGAGCAGCUUCAAAUAUAGAAAUUAGUAGACGCUGGGAAUGCCAUUUUUUUUGCCUUUGUUUCAAUCAUGUUUCUCUCAUUGGCAAUGAAAAAUAAAGCCACAAUGGAGGAAAUUUAUAAGUUUCUGUAUAGGCAGUAGGCAGCUUAAGGAACAAAAGUGGUAAGCAGUUUAUGAAUGGAUAGGAAGGACAUACUGUUACAUCUCUCUCUCUCUCUCUAAAUUUGAAGCCUUUUUUCUUGCAAAUUUUGAAGUUGUAUGUUCAUAAAGUUCAGGUUCAAAUAUUUUAGAAGCAGAAUCAAUGUUUGGAUCUUGUAAUCCUCUUGUAUUCCAUUGUUUUAUAGCUGUUUCCAAACAGUUUCUGAGAAAAUAAUGAAGAGCUGGGAUUGGGACAUCA